ACAGACCGGAAGUGCUGCUCCAGCGCGGCCUCCUCUUCCGGAAUCAGGUUUUUGGUGGAGGAAAUGGCGCCGCUGAAUGUGUUGACGGUGUUUUCCGUGCAGCCGCUGACGGACUGAGGGGCGCCCGAGGCCGCAGCUCCCUUAUUCCACUGCAGUGCACUUUAUAUACAUGAGAGAAUUGGAAGCUGCAGCCACCAAAGACAUCGAAGGGAACCUGAGCAGGGAUAUCGAGCGAGAAGACGAAGGCCGGUUGAUGGAAGAAAGGAAAAAGAGAAAGGACAACAAGAAAAAGGACGCUGUCCCUAAGAAGGCCGCUGAACAAAAAAUCAAAGUGCCAGAUCAAAUACUAAGCCAGCCUCAGCCUGUCAACGGUGAUAUCGGCAUUUCCACAGCAACCAGCAUUCAGAAUAAUAAUGCCAAGCGGCUCACGUCAGUCAGUCCGCAACCGGUGCCUCGUUACCCUCCCCGUGAAGUACCACCGCGAUUCCGGCACCAGGAACAGAAACAUCUUCUGAAGCGCGGGCAGCCGUUACCUGGCAUCGCAGCCAGCCUGGGACAAGCCACUAAAGUGUUAAACAAAGAGUCCGCGAUCGGCACCGGGGCUCAGGAUCUCACGGAGGCCCGAGACGUGAAGGGCAGCUGCCAAACUCAACCAGGCAUGCCCCCCAUUCGGGAUUUGGUCAGCCACUCCCCUAACCAGCUAGAUCUAAAUCACAGUAGCCUAGGACCUCACUAUGAAAAUUCGCACUGGGGACAGGUCUCUUCCAAUGGUGAUUCAGGCACAAGCUGGGAUAAAGUUACUGUAGACAGCACAGAUAAAGCGUCGUGGCCAUCGAUCCCAGGCGGCAGCCCUGACUUGGCCUCAGAAUGUAUGGAUAUUGACUCUUCCCUGACCUCUGGGCCUGAAAAGAACCACCUGGUGCCGUUUGGGGAGACGCCGGAGGAGAUGGAUACCAUGAGGAAUGGUGUUGGGCAUGGUUCUCAAAGCAAGCUUUUGGUAGGCGGCAACAGCAAUAAUGCAAGCAGUGGAAGUAUUAAUGGGUCGUGGGGAGUUCCGCACGGAUCCAUGAUAAGCACAUGUCAAGAUGGCCCCGAUAGCAAGGCGGAUGGUAGGCACAACAGGAUGAACGCUUGGGGUACUGCGAAUACUUCAGCCAACGGAGUUCUAAAUCCAAGCACUUUGAAUAUGAACGGCAACCACGGUGCCUGGCCCGUUUUGGAAAGCAAUGGACAUACCCUUAAAGGGGCUGGCAAUUCUGGCACAAAUGUUCCGAGCAGUACUAUAGGUCAGGUGUCUAACAGUCGGAGUAUUAACCCUAAAUCGGGCAACUGUGGCCCUGGCUCCUGGGGGAACCCGCAGGAGAACAGCGAUUCUGAACUGAAUGGUACAAGAAAGGCUGGUUAUAAUGGGCAACCUCAAAACCUUAACACUGAAAUGACUGGACCAAAUAACACUACUAACUUUGUGACCUCUAGUUUACCAAACUCUGCUGGUUUAAUGCAGACAAAUGAGCUGCCUAAUUCUACAGGGCAUGGGGCUUGGAGUGUGGGUAACAUGAAUCAUUCUCCACUUCAUUCCUCUUCAGUUACAAAUGGCACUUCCAGUCCUCACCUAAGCAAUGGGGAGGAACAAAAUGGCGGACCGUACGGUACUACAUGGGGUGGCUCCAGCUACCCCGGAGAAAAAAAUUCUGUCCCUAAAGGGCAAGCUAAUGGCGACACUGUGAAUGCAACCGUAAUACAGCCGGGCAUGAAUGGGCCGAGCGGUCCAAACUAUAAAGCCAACGGGACUAAAGGAGAGCUGUGGGAGUCAGGGACGGUAAACUCCCAAAAUAUGCAUUGGGGAAGCGGAAACGGAGGGACUUCUGGCGGAAGUCACAGAGGAUGGGGAAACCCAGCACAAAACACUGGCACUAAUCUUUCAAAUGGUGAUUGGAGCAAAAUGCCCAACAAUCAGCAUUCCAAUGACGGAAAACCCCCAGAGAAAAACGGUAGGAAGGCGUCGAACACCUGGAAAUCCGCCGAGGACGAGAUGAGGCAAAACGCGACGGGUUCUAGGGCCAACGAGUCGAGUAGCAUGUGGGCCAAAAGUACAGGUACUGGGGAAAGCGAAGGUAGCGUAGACAGCACUGGAAGCCAGGGUGAGCAAGCAAACGGUGUCAGGACUAUGGAAAGAAGGAAAGUGGACCAGCAAACAUUGCUUCAAAGUAUUGUGAGUAGAGGAGACCUGGACCCUCGCGUCUUGUGCAACACUGGCUGGGGUCAGACUCCCGUCAGACAGAACACUGCCUGGGACACCGUAGCUGCUGCUCGGUUCGAUGGUAAAACUGACAAUGGAACAGAAGCUUGGGGAAGCUCUGUGUCAAAGACUUCUAACUCAGGGGGAUGGGUGGACAAACCCACCCCUAAUAGCAACGAUACCUCAUCAGUAUCCGGGUGGGGAGAUCCAAAGCCUGCUACAGGGUGGGGUGAUGCCAAAGGCUCAGUAAGCCAAGGGGAAUGGGACGAUCAAUUUGCUGCUACUACUGGAAUGGUCAAGAGCAAUCAAUCAUGGGGGAACGGUAAAGAGGAAAAAUCCACUUGGAAUGAUGCACAAAAGGUCAAACAGGGGUGGGGAGGGCACCAGAGUGAUAACUGGGGGGACGGUUCCAAAAAUAAUCAUUGGGGUGCAACAAAGGCAAGCUCUGGCAGUGACGACAGAUCUGCGUCUGGUUGGAAUGAACCCAGUAGAUCCAGCUCCUGGGGUGGUGGAGGUGGAAAUUCAAAUAACACCUCAAACUGGGGAGAGCCCAGUAAGGCAGGCGCGACCCAAGGGUGGGGAGAGCCAUCCAAGGCCAACCAGGGCAGCGGGGAAGUGCCCAAAUGUGGCCCAGCGCCAGUGGAAGCUGAGCACCUAAAGUCAAAUAACAAUGCGGAAUGGAACAAGAAACCGGAGACAGGAUCGUGGGGGUCACAGCCAGCCACCAAUAAGCCAUCAGGCUGGCUAAGUGGGCCGGUGUCCACUCCAACCAAGGAAGAAGAGCCAACUGGCUGGGAGGAGCCAUCUCCAGAGUCCGUGAGACGGAAAAUGGAGAUUGACGAUGGAACUGCGGCUUGGGGUGAUCCCGAGAAAUACAAAUACAAGAAUGUGAACAUGUGGGAUAAGAACACUUCGAACAGCGCGUCCGGGCCAGAACCGCAAACCCAACAACACCAACCACCGCCGGUGUCAAGUGCCGUGCCAAGCAAGGAGAGCAACAGCUCCGGAUGGGGUGAAUCAUGGCCAGAAUCUCCCGCUCCUCCUGUGGAUAACGGCACCUCUGCGUGGGGUAAACCUACGGAGACCGGCAACGGUUGGGGCGGUCAGAACGCCGAGGCCGUUACAUCCGGCUGGGGCCACGCGCCCAUCAGUCAGCAGGCUCCAGACAGACCCGGUCCUAAAUCUAUGCAAGACGGUGGCUGGUGUGGGGAUGAGAUGUCCGGCCCUGGUGGUCGUCACAGCAGCUGGGAGGACGAUGAUGUUGAAAUUGGGAUGUGGAGAAGCAACUCGUCCCAGGAGAACAACCAGUCUCUAAAUUGGCCGCCUUACAUGAAGAAAAUGCCCACAAAGGGAAUGAUGAAAAACGCCAAUAAACAAGAGGAGAACUGGAUGAACCCAUUUAUGAAGCAAUUCAACAACAUGGGGUUUUCUAGAGAAUCACAAGAGGACUCCAUGCAGAGCAAUAAAAUGGACAUGUCUGGUGGCAACUUUCCAGACAAGAGGAUGGAUAUGGAUAAGUCUGGUCUUGGGGAUUACAGUCGAGUGGUUGGGAAGGUUCCUGGACCUCGACACUUUUCCAAAGAGUCUUCCAUGGAUCACAGUCCUUACUUUGAUAAGGAUGGCAUUGUAGCAGAAGAGCAGCAGUACAUGUCAAACCAGAACAUGAAGCUUCCCCCUUUAAAUAGUGCACUACCUAAUCAGUCUCUCGGUUCUUUCACGGGGCUGGGGAUGCCAAAUGUCGGUUCUGUGAGACAGAAUGGCAAUCCCAAUAUGUAUGCUGUUGGUAGUGCGGCACAAGGCCGAGGCUCACAUCAUCCCCCAGCACAAUCUCUCAACUCAUCUCAGCCUAAUCUCCGCGCGCAAGUGCCUCCUUCUAUUAUACCCCCUCAGGUCCCUCCUUCCUUGUUAAAGUAUCCGCCAAACAAUAGCAGCCUGAGCCCACUUUUCGGCCCGCAGCAAGUAGCCAUGUUGAACCAACUCUCCCAGUUAAACCAGCUUUCCCAGCUCUCCCAGAUCACUCAGCUACAGCGGUUAUUGGCUCAGCAACAGAAGGUCCAGAACCAGAGAGGGGGGAUGCCCUCGGGGGGCCGCCAGCAGCAGGAACAGGCCCGGUCUGUUGGAAUGCAGCAACAGGCCCGUCAGAUUGAGCCAAAUCUGCUGAUGAAACAAGGGAUUCAUCAGUCGCCGCAGCCAUUGCACCAGCCCCCCAUGAAGUCGUACAUGGAGAACGUGCUGCCCCACUCUACCCCUGACCUGCCAAAAGUACCUUCACCUAUCAGUGCUUUCAACAGCUUUGCGUUAGGCUUGAACUCCAACUUGAAUGUAAAUAUGGAUCUAGGAGGCAUGAAAGAGCCACAGUCCAGACUGAGAAAGUGGACAACCGUCGACAGCAUGUCUUCUAACCCUUCACUGGAUCAGACUUCCAGUAAACAUGGUGCUAUUUCAAGUGGUUUUAGGCUUGAAGAUUCUCCUUUUGGAUCUUAUGACUUUAUGAACAGCAGUAACUCUCCAACCAGCCCCCCGGGAUCAAUAGGGGAUGGCUGGCCCAGUGCCAAAUCGCCCAAUGGCUCCAGCAGUAUCAACUGGCCACCCGAGUUUCGUCCUGGUGAGCCGUGGAAAGGAUACCCAAACAUUGACCCUGAGACCGAUCCUUAUGUCACUCCUGGCAGUGUCAUCAAUAACUUGUCAAUUAACACAGUGCGAGGUGUGGACCACCUCAGGGAUAGAAACAGUGGGUCAUCCUCAUCUUUGAACACCACGCUGCCUUCAACUAGUGCCUGGUCAUCCAUCCGUGCCUCCAACUACAGCGUCCCCCACAGCAGUACAGCACAAAGCACUUCAGUUAGAAACAGUGAGCCCAAACCAUCGUGGUCUCCCGGUUCCGUCGCUAACACCUCCCUGGCUCACGAGCUGUGGAAAGUCCCGCUGACAUCUAAAAACAUCAGUGCUCCGUCCCGGCCUCCCCCAGGGCUGUCGGGUCAGAAGCCCCCCAUGUCCACCUGGGAUAGCAACACCCUGCGCCUGGGCGGUGGAUGGGGAAGUUCUGACUCCAGAUACACGCCAGGAUCCGCUUGGAGUGAAAACAGCUCAGGGAGAAUAACGAAUUGGCUAGUUUUGAAAAACCUAACACCUCAGAUUGAUGGUUCCACCCUACGUACCCUGUGCAUGCAGCACGGGCCGCUGAUGACAUUCCACCUGAACCUGCCGCACGGUACUGCGUUAGUUCGUUACAGUUCCAAGGAAGAGGUAGUAAAGGCACAAAAGUCUCUGCACAUGUGUGUUUUAGGGAACACUACUAUCCUCGCCGAAUUUGCCAGUGAAGAGGAAAUAAGUCGUUUCUUUGCACAAGGCCAGUCAAUGACCCCAUCCUCUGGCUGGCAGUCCAUGGGGUCUGGGCAUAGCCGGCUAGGAUCCCUCGAUAGCCCACAUGGCAUCUCGAACCGCGGAGAUAUCAAUCACUGGAACAGCCCAGGCGCUUCUGGCACCAGUUCUGGAGACCAUCAUGGCACUUCUCUCUGGGGUAACCCGAGCUAUUCCACAAGCCUAUGGGGGAGCUCGAGCAACGAAGGCGGGGGCUUAAACAGCCCGUCUCCCGUCGGCUCUUUCCUUCCUGUCGAUCACUUAAACGGAGAGCCCAUGUAGCCUUUCAUGUAUGACCUCAGAUUUAUUAUUUUUAAUUAUUAUUUUCUUUGUAUUAAACAGCCUAGAGGCUGAACUGCUCAUCUAAAGUCUGCAGGCUUUGCAGGCGGCUCUUCUGCACACUUCCCGUUCCCCCCCCCCAAACAUAUCAGUGUGAAAUACUUGAAUCAUGCAGGCCAAUAUUACAAUGUGAAAAAGCGAGAAUAAUGCUAUAUUUACACUUCCACAUUAGCGCUACUCAUAUUCUAACUGUGUACAACAAGCUGCGUCUCCACCGGUUUUGACUUCCAGAUCUGCCCCCCUCGUACGCGCCCUCGUACGCACCCUCGUACGCACCCCUUGACUGUUCAAGCUACGUUACAUUUUUGCACUGGACGGUGCUUCGUACUUUCGUUUUAAUCCUGAAACCAUGAGAAGCAGCAGCAGCAGCUCGCGUGUGUAUCUGUUUACUCUAGCGUGUACUUAAGAGAAACAAAAAAAAAAUGAUUACUGCUUGUUCUUUCUAAGAUGCCUUGAUGUACCUACCUUAUUGUGGUAUUACCAAGUUUUAACUCCCUUUCGGUGUCGGCAGAUCGGCCGGGUAGCUCAUUGUAGAACAAUUGCUGGCCUUUCCAACACCGAAAGGAGUUAAGAAGAACUGACGGUUGAAACUUAGUUUUAAAGAGAAAAAAAAAGUAUUGCACCAGGUUUUCGCGACUAAAACCUAAUAAGAAUUUAGCUCUACGGUUUUAAUAAUAAAAAAAUAUAUAUAUAUCAUAAAAAAAACACAAAAAAAAUAAAACAAAAAAUAAAUAGUGGCCACAGCUGUGACGUAAACCCUACAUGUGCCAGUAGGGGGCAGCACUUUCAAAAGGCUUUGCAUUUUCUUUUAGAGGUGCCGACCUAGGAACCUCUUGUUUACAGAAUGUUGUUGUUUUUUGGGGGGGGGUUGAGGGGGGUCAUGGGAGGGGUGGGAUUUUUUUUUUUUAUUUUUCAAAUGUUUACUCUUCCAUCACUUUAAAGAAAAAGAAAAAAAAAAUAGAUUGUGGUGAGGAUGCUUUUAUCUCUGGGAGUCCGUGUUUGGUCAUUUUUUUUUUUUGUGUUUUUUUUUUUUUUGUUCAUGUGAUUCUCAAAUCUUAAUCAAAAUGGGGAAAAAAAAGAACAUGGCUCUCAGGAAUAAUAAAAUAGGUAACACUUCCCUUCUCCCCAGUUAAAAAAAAAAAAUUAAAAAAAAAAUUAAAAAAAAAAAUAAAAUGUAAAAAAAAAAAAAAAAAAAAUUACUAGAAAAAAAAAAUGCAACUCUCGGCACUAACAGUGCUAAUUUCUCUCAAAGACUUCUCCUCUCUGCCAAAAAUCCCCCAGAAAGCUUUCUAAAGCCAAGAUAAGAAUACCGUUUGCUUUGAUGCUGUCUUUUUUAAUAGUGAAUAGCCUUGAGAUUUGCAGAUAACGACGUAGAGGUGGGUUUUUGUGUUCCCUUAAUUCAGUGGCUCUUUGUCUCUGCUUCUGUGACAGUGUUUUAUCAAUGUUCUGCGUUUUUUUUUUUUUGUCGUAUCUUUUUAUUUAAAAAAAAAAAAAAGCCGAUUAUUUAGUAACUAUGCACAUUUAUGCACAUUGUAACCAAGUACUGAGCUGAUCGAUUUUUCUUGUGUGUUGAAUAAUAACUGUUUUUAAAUGUUUAGACGUAAAUGAUUGCAAAAACUUAAC